UUCUUCCUGUUAAGUUGAGAGAAAAAGAAGAAGAUUUCAGAGAGUGAAGAGUGAAAAUUUGGAUUUUGGCUUUUCAAACGAGAAGAAGGUUUCAGACAGUACGUAUUCACAGAAUCUUAACCGUCGUAACUUUCUUUUUCUAUGAUUUAAAGCCGUAGAUCUCCGAUCGUCUUCCUGUCUACAAAUGUCAUAGACAUCAGAUAUUUGUUUUCUUCUUCUGCUGGAUGUUAUUUCAGAAGAUCUUCCGAUUUCAUGAUCAGAUGGCCGCUUCAAUGUAGAGAUCUUCCUGGUUUUUAAUCUCUCUUGUCUCGUGUUGUAUUUUAUGAUGUGAAGAUUGUAGAAGCAAUUUAAAUUAUCCUGUUGAUUAAUGAUUGUGUUGGACUCGGUGUCUUUCUUUUACUCCUAUUACCGGCCUUUGAGCUUGGUGUGUGCUUCGGAGAGAAGGGGAAUCUCUCCUGUAACAGCCAUCUUUGCCGUCAGCCUUGCAAACCACUAGUUGUUCCUACCUUCCAUGUCUCCUAAUUUGGACAGUGCAGUUCAGACGCAGAUGGCAGUGGCACUGUUGAAUGGCCCCAUAAAUAGUGAAUACCAUGGGAACAAUAGGGGAGAAGGAAAGCCGAAGGGGAAAAGGCGGAUCUUUGUGCAAACUGAUACUGGUUGUGUCUUAGGGUUGGACUUAGAUCGGCGUGAUAAUGCACAUACUGUGAAGAGGAGGUUGCAGCUGGCGCUUAAUGUACCAACUGAUGAGAGCUCACUGACUUUCGGUGAUUUGGUUUUGAAUAGUGAUCUCAGCGCUGUUCGUACUGAUUCCCCGCUACUCCUCAUGAGGAAUUUUAUGCAUCGAAGUUCAUCAACACCAUGCCUGUCACCUACUGGAAGGGAUCUGCUGCAGAGGGAUCAGAGUGGUGUAAUUGAAAUAUUGGGUCGCUCUGGUUCUGGUAGCUUUGUUCGAAUGAAGCCGCUGGUUAAGGACAUGGUGAAGGCCAUUAAGAAUGGAGUUGAUCCAGUUCCUGUUCAUAGUGGGCUUGGAGGUGCAUACUAUUUUAGAAACAAGGUAGGUGAGAAUGUUGCAAUUGUGAAGCCUACCGAUGAAGAGCCCUUUGCACCAAAUAAUCCAAAAGGGUUUAUUGGGAAAGCUCUUGGUCAGCCAGGACUAAAAAGGUCUGUAAGGGUUGGUGAGACGGGGUUUCGAGAAGUUGCAGCCUACCUUCUGGACUAUGGUCACUUUGCUAAUGUGCCCCCUACAGCACUCGUCAAGAUCACGCACUCAAUUUUUAAUAUAAAUGAUGGUGUGAACUGCAAGAAGGCAAAUGAGAGGAAAACUGUUAGUAAAAUAGCAUCAUGUCAGCAGUUCAUCCGUCAUGAUUUUGAUGCCAGUGAUCAUGGGACAUCAAAUUUCCCUGUUUCUGAUGUACAUAGGAUUGGGAUAUUGGAUGUUAGGAUCUUCAAUACUGACAGGCAUGCUGGGAAUCUUCUGGUGCGAAAGCUCGACCGGGUGGGUGCUUUUGGUCAGGUCGAACUCGUUCCAAUUGAUCAUGGACUCUGCCUUCCAGAGAACUUGGAAGAUCCGUACUUUGAGUGGAUCCAUUGGCCACAAGCAUCGAUUCCGUUCACGGAGUAUGAGCUCGAGUACAUAGCGAACCUUGAUCCAGUUAAAGAUUCUGAAAUGCUAAGAAUGGAGCUGCCAAUGAUUCGAGAAGCAUGUCUUCGCGUAUUGUUUCUGUGUACCAUUUUCCUUAAAGAAGCAGUAGCUUUUGGUCUUUGUCUUGGUGAAAUUGGUGAGAUGAUGAGUAGGGAAUUCAGGAGUCGUGAUGAGGAACCUAGUGAGCUAGAAAUGAUAUGCAUGAACGCAAGGAGGCUUAUAAAAGAAAAAGAAAUUUUAUCAACUCCUGAUUUUGAUGUGGUAGAUGAAGAUGAGUAUCAGUUUGACAUAGAUGAAGAGGAAACUGAAUCAGCGUCCAAGAUUGUAGAUGAUUCUAUUAUGAAAGAAACAUUUCAUGUUGGUUUAAGAGGUUGGCCUGGUUGGAACCCUCUCUCCAAACUAGAAGAGAGUGUCGAGGAGGAUGGAAGUGAAGAAGCUGAAGAACCAGCAAAACAAGUCUCUAUUGCUGGUCUUACAACACAGUCCUCGCUAGUCCGAACUGUUUCCAAGCUCUCCAAGUCGCUGAAGAAUACAACUUUGGGUGAAAAUAAUUCAUGGUUCCAAGGAAGUCGAUUGGAGGGGACAAUGUCUGGUCAGUCAUCAGGGAACAGAAGUGCUAACGAGCAGCUUCCUGGAAGUGCAAGCUUUGUCACUUUCGUUGACAUGAAUGACGAGGAGUGGGCAGCAUUCCUUGAGAAAUUCCAAGAGCUGCUUUACCCUGCAUUUGCAAGCCGUAAGUCAGGCAGUGUUGGGCAAAGGCAGAGGCAGAGGCAGAGGCUCGGCACAUCUUGUCAGUUUUGAGUAGAGUGAGUUAAUGAGACCAGUUAACCGUUUGCUUGAUGUAAAAAAGAAAUAGAAAAGAAAAAGAAACGAAAAGAAGAAAGUGGAGUUGGUUAUGUGAGUUAGCAAGUGAUAUGCUACUUUUACGGUUUUGUUUUGUUUUCGGGACGUGUCCCUGGGCAGACUGGUAUUCUAGUUGAUAUAGUUGGAAAAGUGGUGUAGAAGGGAUGUAAAUAUUUUAUUAGGAGUCUGGAUGAUGAUGGAGAGGUAGAAAUCAUUAAGCUUACUGAAGAAGCUGAUGAUGAUCUCCUAUCUUUGUAUUUCUCUUCCACUGUGUUUUAGCGACUUGUUUAGAAAUACUAGUAAUAUAAUAAAACAUCGUUGUACAUUGUAAUGGAGGAGCCAAA